UUAGAGGAGCAGGAGCCUCUAAUGAGCAGCGGCUGCUUCACAACAUGCCAAAGCAGACACGAUGUUCCUUUGCCAUCGGCCGUCAUGGCAGCCUUGCCCCGGCUCUGAUCGGGAACCCCUAGGUGCCAACUGGCUUUGCCUUCUUUGAAUAUCCCUCUAGGCCCCAGCCAUCCCAGAAGAGGUAGAGAGCAAGGGGUUAAGAGCCCAGGUUUGGAGGCGAGACCAAGGUCUUUUGUCGACUAGAAUUGCUGUGUGACUUCCAGCAAGUCCUUUCCCUCUCUGAGCCUCAGAGACUCAUGGGCCCGGCGCGCUGGGAGGUGCUGAGAGGAUUAAAUGAAGUCAGACGCAGAAAGCGCUUGGCUCCGUGCCUGGCACAUGGCCAGAGCCUAAUCAACGGCAGCCCAUUAGAUGAAGAAGACCCCACCCCAGGAGGUCCUGGACAAGACAAUAAAAAAUUUUUUUAAAGGAAAAUAUAACGACCACUGAUUGGUUUUGCAAACAAAAAACGAGACUCAUCUCCGUGAGACUGUUGAAAAGCCCAAACAUAGUUGGCGGUAAGGAAAAAGCAAGCCGAGCCCUAACCUGCAAGUCAGGGCCGGAUUUCCUGUGUCAGUCCUGGCCUGUAGGUUGAGCUACACCGUCCAGCUUUCAAGAGGGAAUAUGUAAGUGCAUGCGCGACUGUGUUGUAAUGGAAUAGAAAGUAAGCGUCCUGAGGGCCCACGGGCAGCAGCUGCAUGCUCUGCAGGACUGCACACCCCGGCGCGGACCAUCACUACCCAUCACAGCCACCAACCGCCCAAACGCCGAGCCCAGCGCCCAAAUCAGGGAGAAACUCUGCAAACGCAAACGGAGGCGGGGCUUGAAGGAGACUGACACUGGGCUCGGCCUCUCAGCAUUACAGCUCCGCCUUUCUAGCCUACAUCCCUCUCUGAGUGGUUGAAGACUGCGGAGGUGAAUUCCCAUUGGCCGCCAGCAGAACCAGCUUUGCGCGUCAGGACGCCGGAGCGGAAGUCGCCAUGGUGCGGUUCAAACACAGGUACCUGCUCUGCGAAGUGGUGUCUGACGACCCCCGCUGCCGCCUGAGCCUGGAUGACCGAGUGCUGGGCGGCCUUGUGCGGGACACGGUCGCCCGCCUGCACGGCACUUUCGGCGCGGCCGCCUGCUCCAUCGGCUUCGCGGUGCGAUACCUCAAUGCCUAUACUGGAAUAGUGCUACUUCGAUGCCGAAAGGAAUUCUAUCAGCUUGUGUGGUCAGCUCUUCCCUUCAUCACACACUUGGAGAACAAAGGACACCGCUACCCGUGUUUUCUCAACACCUUGCACGUGGGAGGUACAAUUAGAACAUGUCAGAAGUUCCUGAUUCAGUACAACAGGAGACAGCUGUUGAUCUUGUUGCAGAACUGCACUGAUGAAGGAGAGCGGGAAGCUAUCCAGAAGUCCGUCACAAGAAGCUGUUUGCUGGAGGAGGAACCGGGUGAGGAGGAGCUUUCAGAUGGUGAGGAGGCUGCUGAAGCAAUGGAGUGAACCUCUGCGGGCUGCACUGUGCCCAAGCCUUGGGGCCCACUUAUUGGAACAGGGCAUUCUGGGAGGCAGCUGGAUCUACAUUUCUAGGAUCUGCUUUCCAUCCUAGAAUGGAUGUCACUCAGAGUCCCAGACACAUCUGGUAGAUUUGUGACUUCUGCCUCAACCUGCCCUUUCAUCUCAGGCUGGAACGCCCUCAUCCCCCCAGAGUUCCUGACCCUGGAUUUCUGAGCGGCUUUCGGUUAAGAAUGACAGGCUAAGCCCAGCUCACACUCAUAGUAGCUGAUACUUUAACCUAUUUAUAAUGAGUAUGUCCAGCUGACCUGACUUGAACUUU